CAAUGUCAGUGCUUUUUUCCAGCAGUUUGCGGGUUCGUCUCCCAGUGCUGAUAUUUGUCCUGGAGGUUCUUCUGCUGCUGCUUUUUUCAUUCUUUGUCACUUAUGAUGAGCACACGCAUGCUUUGGCUCAAACCAAUGCAACUGACCAUAUGAAGAAUGAAGUUUACAGAGUGUAUCCCUUUUUUGUUGACGUGCAGGUUAUGAUUUUUAUUGGCUUUGCUUGUCUUCUUGGCUUUAUGAGGCUCUAUGGUUUUGGGGGUGUUGUUUUCAACUUCCUGACAGCAACCUUCUCAGUCCAGUGGGCUAUAAUCAUGCAAGGCUUCUUUCACUUUUAUCAUGAUGGGAAGAUCCAUAUUGGUGUAUUUAACUUCAUUAAUGCUGAGUUUGCCUGUGCUGUGGUUCUGAUUUCAUUUGGAGCCAUCCUUGGUAAAACUAGCCCUGUACAGCUGCUUAUCAUGGCUCUUCUGGAGAUACCCAUAUUUGCAGUGACAGAUUGGUUGAUUGUCACUUAUCUUAAGAUUAAUGAUGCAGGUGGCUCCAUUGUGAUCCACAUUUUUGCCUGCUAUUUUGGACUUGGAGUGACUAGAAUGCUUUACAGGCCUUCUCUUAAUGAUGGUCACGCUAACCUUACAACAUCAUACCAAUCAGACAUACUAUCUGUUCUUGGAACUCUCUUUCUCUGGGUCUUUUGGCCUUCUUUCAACAGUGCUCUGACUUUGCCAGGGGAUGACCAGCAUCGAGCUAUAAUUCACACUUUCAUUGGCUUGAGCUCUUCAACUUUGACUGCGUUUGCCCUUUCUGCUCUACUGGACAAAAAAGGAAAAUUAAGCAUGAGUGACAUUCAGAACGUAACUUUAGCUGGUGGCGUCACAGUAGGAGCUACGGUAGAUAUGAUGGUCACGCCUGCAUGUUCUUUUGCUCUGGGAGUAAUUGGUUGUUGUGCAUGCAUGCUGGGCUAUAAAUACUUAACUCCUUUCAUGGCUUCCAAAUUAAAAAUUCAAGACCAAUGUGGCAUCCAUAACCUCCAUGGCCUGACUGGACUUAUCUCAACACUGGCUGCUAUCAUUGCUAUUCUAAUGGCUAAUGAAGACACAUAUGGCUUAAGUCUUUAUGAGACAUUCCGUUAUAGGGCGCCAACUGCAGAAGAUCCAAAGCUGAAAGAGCUUCAAAGUGUAUUUCCAGAUAUUCAACCCGGAGAAGGUCGUAGUGCCUCUGAGCAAGCAAUUUAUCAAGUGGCAGCAUUAGGACUUACUCUUGCCACAUCUGUACUGGGAGGCUUACUCACUGGAGCCAUCUUAAAGCUGCCAUUCCUGUCUCAACCAACUGAUGAUUACUGCUUUGAUGACAGAGUUUACUUUGAGGUUCCAAAUGACUUUAAUGCAGCUACACCACCAGUAAACACUUACAACAUGGAAGACUUAAAAGUAUAAAAAAUAAAAUGCAGAUUUAAAAAAAUGGUAUAAGUGGAGUGAAUUGCUUACUAGUUAGGCACCAUCUCACAGUGUACAAUUCUCUAGUAAUUAAUUUUUUAUAUUGAAAUUUAACCAAAUCUGUUUUUCAGAUUAAAAAAUGGAGCCUUACUCGUCAGUCUCAGAAAUAAAUAUUCCAUGCUCAGCUAUAAUUCGGACCCCAGGUGCCUCUUGAUAUGGUGGUGUUCAGUCUGUAGUAUCUAUGUUGCAUUAUAUAGUAAAGCUUUUCUUCCAAUUUAUUAAAAAAAUAAAUCUUGAUUAGCUUGAUUAGAUUGGUUGUAAUGUGUAAAGUGCAAUUUUUGCAUUGUAUUCUGAUGACUAUGCCUAUGAUAUAUGGGUGUGCUAUGAUCUUUGCUAUUUAAUUUUUUUUUUCUUUUGCCAAUGAUAUUUUGAUUAACUGCAUUUACAUUUUUGGGGGUACACCAUUUUCAUCCACACAUCUCCUGUACCUACUUAAUCCAAUUUUUCAUGGGAAGCUGAAAACUAUCUUGAAAGUUCCA